AUCGCGCCCACAAGGUGUUGGGCUCCAAGAUAUCCUUAUCGCUGGCUAUAUUAACUACGCAACAUAUUUUCGCUGGAAGGAAUACUUGUGGAGCAGGUGUGUGGUAAGAAAAACAUGACAUCACAACCACCGCCAACCUGCUACGACGACGAUUGAUACACGCCGUACCGGACAAGAAAGCGGCGGGCAAGAUUGUAGCUGUGGCUGUGAAAACAACGGAUUACGCGCGACAACGGGGUGGAAAAGAAAGGAGAAAUCUACAACAACAGCAGAGUGGGUGUGCACUGUAGGCACUGGUGUGACGAUCUUCGGUAACAAAUAGAAAUCAUUAUACGAACAUCAUUAGUACGAGUCUGCACCACUAAGUACUUGUUGCUGGUCCUAUUGUUUUCGUUUGUGACGUGGCUGAACUAACUUGGGCAAGGAAUGCCCAACGGUACGAAUGUAGACUGGUCCAGAUAUGGGCUCGGUAGCGAUGAUUCAUCACCAACCGAACGAAACCGUGCGCACAGUCGCACGGCAGGUGGCAGCGGUGGAUUUGUUGAUCUAGGCAACGAAUAUGACUAUGGUGCCGGAGGACAUCAUGCAUCGGGCCGGGAUGAAAUCUUUGCCGAAGAUCAGGGCGAUAAGCCGUGGUGGCGUAGUAACUUCUUCAUCUCGCAACCGGUGCUGUUUGGAACGUGGGACGGUGUGUUUACAUCCUGCCUGAUCAAUAUCUUCGGUGUGAUCGUAUUUCUGCGUUCCGGAUGGAUCGUCGCCGAGGCAGGCAUCAUGAACGCCAUACUGAUCGUCUUCUGUGCGGUGGGCAUUGCUCUUGUGUCCGUACUGUCCGCGGUCGGUAUCUGUGAGCGAUGCCGGGUGGAAAGUGGUGGCGUUUAUUUCCUCAUUGCCCACACCCUGGGCUCGAGGUUUGGUGGCUCGCUCGGGUUGCUCUAUUGCUUCGGUCAGGCUGUCGGCUGUGCGCUGAAUGUGCUCGGUUUCGGUGAAUCGAUCGCCGGUCUGGUCGGUCUGGAAGGGAACCAGUGGGCGAUCCGUGGCUUUGCCAUCACAGCUGUCCUGCUGCUCGGCGUUAUUAAUGUGGCCGGUGUAAAGUGGGUCGUUAAGUUACAGUUUGCACUGCUGAUUGUGAUUCUAAUGUCCGCGCUAGAUUUCAUGGUGGGCAGCUUUAUCGGUGAGGCGCCCGAGCAUGGUUUCGAUGGCUGGGGAUCGGGCAAUAUGGGAUUGAAUCUGUGGUCUGCCUACACGGAUGGUACGUCAUGGUUCACAGUAUUCGGUGUGUUCUUCCCAACGAUCACGGGAAUCCUUUCGGGCAUCAACAUGAGCGGUGAUCUACGAGCACCAUCGACGGACAUUCCCAAUGGUACGCUAGCUGCACUCAGUACAUCCACGUUCCUUUACAUGGUGUUUAUACUGUUCCUGGGCGCUACGUGCCAACGAAGCCACCUCCUAACGGAUUAUCAAAUCGCGGUCAAGGUGUCCGCAGUCGAGUUCCUUCUGCUUGCCGGUAUUUACGUAUCAAGCAUGUCCUCCUGUCUGGGUGCUAUGUAUGGAACGCCACGCGUACUUCAAAGCAUUGCCAAUGAAAAUGUAAUUCCCGGCAUCGGUAAACUGGGCAAAGGACGAGGCCCCAACAAGGUACCGCUGUACGCGAUGGCUGUAGUAGCAGGAGUAACAACUACAUUUAUCAUCAUCGGUGAUAUUAACACACUCGCACCGAUUGUCACAAUGCCGUUCCUGCUCACGUACGCCUGCAUCGACUACUCAUACUUUGCAUUGGCGCAAACGUUCGACAUACAAAACAAUCGCGAGGAACGCUUCCGGAUACAGGCGCAAAGUCCACUGUACGAGACAAGAAAUUACGGUGCGACUGGAGAUUACAAUGAAAAUAAUGAUCUCGACCAAUUGUUUCCGGAACGAACGAGACACAAAAAUCUGGGAACCCCAACUAACUCACCACAACAUGUGCCUUCAAAUGCCGCUACGAGCGCACGAUCGCAGCAACCAAAUGGAAUACCUCACAGUGGAUCGGUUACCAGUGCGGAUUCUGAAGUAGUUUUUCGGGAUGGCACAAACAGUGCGAACAAUGCCAAUUCCCUAAGCGAGGCUGAUGAUGAGCCGAUCGCACCUAUUCGACCACCAAUUCAUUCUAAGACGAAAAAUUGGUACUCUGGAUUCUGUAAUCGAUGGGCUUCUUUGCUAGGGGCUGGAGUGAAAAUACUUGUAAUGCUGCUUGUAAGCUGGGUGUACGCUCUGAUUUGCAUCUGUACGGUGUUUAUCGUUUGGUUCUACGUCGGUACGGCAAAUCCAGCUGUUAAACCGGGCCUUGCGCAUGAAUUCCGCUUCUUUGUAUGGUUGAAGAAUGUCGUUUUCCGUUGUUUUGGGAAACGAGUGCACGAUUAUGAGCAGGUCGUCGUUACUCAAACGUGCCCGAAUGUAAACCUCGCCUCCGCUCAACUGAAUGAAGAAAAUGAAGACUUUGCCUCACGGCGACGAUAUCACCAGACCGCGGUCGUUCAGGGGCGGUAUGUUGAUGAAGUGUGAAUAGAAAGGUAAGCACAAACGAGAGGCAGCGUGUGUAAUUUUUUGCGGUGCGCUGAUGAUACGAUGUUGUACACUGAACCCAGCCCCCUUACUAGCCACAGACCGUGUUGUACCGUGAGUGCUCUCGCGGCAAACGAUCAAAUCAACCCUACUUCGUAACAUGUGUAACCCGCCGUAUCAUAAUCGAUCGCCAAAGUGUAUGGAUACUGGUAAAACAAAUGUGAGUCGCUGUAAAAUUUCACACACAAAAAAAAACACAAGUUAUAUGUGAAACAUAUUUAGACCAUCGUAGGAAAAUGAUCGUAACAAGCAAUAUCGAGCAUUACACAUCAAAAACAAAGAAAUAAGAGACACUCAAUCGGAAUCAGAGAGCAUCGAUGAAAGAUUUUUUCAGUCGUCUGAACACAAACAAGUAGUAUAGGAUCAAAAUGAAAUUAUGUACAUAAGGUCUUGUUUCCCUUUCCCUUAUUGUGUUGCAGCUUACAUCUUAGAGCGUAAGAAUUGUAAAUUGAUUUUCCAUUUUAAAUAAUGUAUUCCAGUUUAAUUUAUUAAUGUACUCGCGUACCACCCAAUGCUGGGACACACUAAUUCUCACGAUGCUGUAUAUUAAAACUGUUCUAAUGGAAGCAAAAUUUGAGAUUAUCAAAAUAAUGUAUUUGGUCGCUAAUCCGGACAGCUAUGUAUCAAUAAUUUUCUUCGCCAGGAAAUGCCCAGUAAUUCAGUAUUGUUUAGUGCAUUGGCUUCCCCUUACUUUGCGCUGUAAGCCGAAUACCGAGAAGGCCAUUUUGUGGUAUAUAGACUGCUUCUAAUGUAUGUCAACCUAAUAUCCCCUGGUCACAUCUGUGGAACCAAUCUUAGAUAAGUGAAAUUAAUUAAUAUAUACAUUUCGUUUCGUCGUGAACAGAAACGGAGAACAAUAAACAUGCAAGUGAUUCCUUUUAUUGUUUUUGUGAUGAAAGUAAACCAAACAUCCCCUCACAUACCAAUUGCGGGAUAACCUAACGCUAUGUAAAGAUACAUAAAUACAACUGGUAACAUAAAA